GAAAUUCAGAAGCCGGAGGGGGAGUCAGUGCAAUUCUUUGGUUGCUAAGCGUGAGUGAAGACAUCCGGGAUGGCUCAGGGAUCUGGGGAUCAAAAAGCAGUGGGAAUUGCUGACCCAGAGGAGAGUUCUCCAAAUAUGAUAGUCUACCGCAAAAUCGAAGACAUCAUUACGAAGAUGCAAGAUGACAAGACAGGUGGUGUGCCCAUCAGAACAGUCAAGAGCUUUCUCUCCAAAAUUCCCAGUGUUGUCACAGGUACUGACAUUGUACAGUGGCUUAUGAAGAACCUUUCCAUCGAGGACCCAGUUGAAGCAAUACACUUGGGAAGCCUUAUAGCUGCCCAGGGCUACAUCUUUCCGAUCUCAGACCAUGUUCUCACCAUGAAGGAUGAUGGCACCUUUUACCGUUUCCAGGCCCCGUACUUUUGGCCUUCCAACUGCUGGGAGCCUGAAAACACCGACUACGCCAUCUAUCUCUGUAAGAGGACAAUGCAGAACAAAGCAAGACUGGAAUUGGCAGAUUAUGAAGCGGAAAACUUAGCAAGACUCCAGAGGGCCUUUGCAAGGAAGUGGGAAUUCAUCUUUAUGCAAGCAGAAGCGCAAGUGAAGAUAGAUCGGAAAAAGGACAAGACGGAAAGGAAAAUUUUGGAUAGUCAAGAACGGGCCUUUUGGGAUGUGCACAGGCCAGUGCCAGGCUGUGUGAACACAACAGAAAUGGAUAUCAGGAAAUGCCGACGUCUGAAGAACCCACAAAAGGUUAAAAAGUCAGUGUAUGGCGUGACAGAAGAGUCCCAGUCGCAAAGCCCCGUGCACAUACCCAGUCAGCCAAUCAGGAAAACUACAAAAGAGGACAUCCGGAAACAGAUAACAUUUUUGAAUGCACAGAUUGACAGACAUUGUUUAAAAAUGUCCAAAGUGGCUGAAAGCUUAAUUGCUUACACGGAACAGUAUGUGGAAUAUGAUCCUUUGAUCACGCCGGCCGAGCCAUCCAAUCCCUGGAUCAGUGACGAUAUCACUUUAUGGGACAUAGAGAUGAGCAAAGAGCCCAGCCAGCAGCGAGUCAAGAGGUGGGGCUUCUCUUUCGACGAGGUAUUAAAGGACCAGGUGGGGCAGGACCAGUUUCGGAGAUUCCUGGAGUCCGAGUUCAGCUCAGAAAACCUCAGGUUCUGGUUGGCUGUCCAAGACCUCAAGAAACAACCCCUGCAGGAUGUGGCCAAGAGGGUAGAAGAAAUCUGGCAAGAGUUCCUGGCUCCAGGGGCCCCAAGCGCAAUCAACCUGGAUUCUCACAGCUACGAGAUAACCAGUCAAAACGUCAAAGAUGGAGGGAGAUACACAUUCGAAGAUGCCCAGGAACACAUCUACAAGCUGAUGAAGAGUGACAGCUAUGCUCGCUUCCUCCGGUCGAACGCUUACCAGGACUUGCUGCUGGCCAAGAAGAAGCCAGAAAGUGAGCAAGGUCGUAGAACUUCCUUAGAAAAGUUCACUCGCAGUGUGUGCUGCUGGCGCAGAGUCAGAAUGGCCGCUGCAUUUCACCCCCGAGGUGGCUUCCUUCCAGCAGUGGGGAAAGUCGCUGGCGGGCAAGCGGCUCACCGGCCUGAUGCAGUCCUCCUGACGGUGCCCACCGCGGGGCCCGGGCCCGACGACCCCGCGGGCAGGCGGCGGCGCUCCACCUCCGCGGACAGAGUCUCCCUCCGAGGGGACCUGGUCACUGUGAAAGAGAAGGAGUGA